AUGAAGCUUCUUCGCCCUGUAUUAUGGGCAUUGACGACCGCAUUUGUGGCCAAUGCGCACAGUCUUCCAUCACCGCAACACACUUGUGUGAUUCCCGCCUUGAAGGAUGGACGUGACGAUGCUCCUGCGAUCCGCGAGGCGUUUAGCAAAUGUGGAAAUAACGGCAAGGUUGUCUUUCAAAAAGACACCACGUACAGUGUUCAGACGGCUCUUCAAUUGCAUAACUUGAAGAACGUCCAAGUUGACCUGUUCGGCACACUUGAGUAUUCAACGGAUGUACGGUAUUGGAUUCUGCAUGGCUCGUAUUACUACUUCCAAAACAUUUCUAUCGCGAUGGAAUUCUCAGGCGAAGACAUCACGAUUGAUGGGCAUGGAUCCGGUACGAUUGACGGACAAGGACAAGUGUGGUAUGAUUUAGCGCUGGGGGUUGGCGGAUUAUACGGACGUCCCAUCCCAUUUUGUCUGCGAAAUGUCAAGAAUGCGGUGGCGAAGAACUUCCAAAUUGUUCAAUCUGGCAAAUGGAAUUUCGUGAUGUUGGAAUCUCAAAACAUUCUUGUGGACAAUAUCACCCUAUCAUCCACUUCCGACGAUUUCCAGGCAAAUCCAGGUAAUCUUGGAAACACGGAUGGCUUCGACACGAUCAACAGUAACAACAUUACUAUCCAGAAUAGCUGGGCAAAUGUUGGAGACGAUUGUGUUAGCUUUAAACCUGGCUCGACAAACAUUCACGUCAAGAAUUUGACAUGCUACAACAGCGCGGGCAUUGCAAUCGGCAGUCUUGGACAGUAUGAGGGAGUGAGAGACGUAGUUGAGAAUAUCACGGCAGAAGAUGUUUCUCUAUACGGAAGUCGCAAUGGCGCUUACAUCAAAACUUACGUGGGCAAGAGAACCUACUGGCCUCCGCAGGGUGGUGGCGGCGGCAAUGGCUAUGUCCGCAAUGUCGUCUUCAAGAACUUCCACAUCGAAAACAUUACCGCUUCGCCCGUUCUAAUCCAGCAGUGUACUCACUGGGCAGGAUAUAAUGUGCCAGCAUGCGCUGACACACCUCCCACGGGAUUCUUUUCGAAUAUUUCCUGGUCCAACUUCACGGGAUAUAUGAACGAAAAAGUAGGGACGAAGGCGAUCAGCUGGACCUGUUCCCCACUUGCAACAUGUGAAGGCUUUUCCUUCAAGGAUAUCGACGUCAAGUCGUCAACCGGGGCGAAUGGCACCUAUUCUUGCACCAAUGUGGUAGGCUAUAACUCAGCUUGCCAAAAGACCAAUUAG